AUGGGAACAGGGAAGUGCUGGGCUCAGAUAAUAGUCCCGGCCCGGUUAAACAUUGACAGGCCGCCCCGGCUCCACAGACACCGGACACACUCUGCUCAGAGCUCAAACUGCUGCCGCCCGGCUCCCGGCCACGUCUCAGAGAUGGGAAAGCUCUCGGUGCUGCUGAGCCGCCUGCUGCUGUUGGGAGGAGCCAUGGCCCAGACAGGUGAGGUCCAGCAGGUUCUGCUCCCCGGGUCCAGUCGCGUGUCCGGCCCUCCGCACGUCUUUAAAGCUGAAAACAGCAGAGUUUUUCCGCUCAACCUUGUCAGAGGAGUGUGUGUUUUCUGGGUGGCUGAGCUGACCUCUGACCUCUGUGCCUCAGCCUUGCCGGGCAGCGGUCAGCGGCUGCUUCCUCAGUGGCUGACCGGCAUCAUCGCUGUGGUCUGCUUCCUGCUCCUCACUUUCAUCGCCUUCCUGGUGAAGAAGGUGUGGUGUGAGGACCCCAGCAGGAGGCGUGGCAGCGCGGAGUCGGUGAAAGAGAACGAGUACGCCACCAGAGACCCCUACGACACCCAGCUGGAGGCCAUGAGGAAGAGGGGGAGCACGGAGUCAGACAAAGGCCAGAACCAGGUCUGCUGGGACACCUACGACACAGGCCUGGACGGGCCCAGGAAUAAGGACAGCAGGAACGUGUACACAAACAUGGGGGUCGACAGCAGCGAGGAGAGAGUCACGCCCAUGUGA